AUGUCGCAAAUCAACAAUACUUUGGUAACUAAGCAAUAUCCUUCUACUACUAGACGCACACCAACUCCGGGGAAGGCCACCAUCCUUGCCAUUGGAAAGGCCCUACCGAGACAACUUGUUCCUCAGGACCGCUUGGUGGAGGGUUAUAUUCGAGAUACUAAAUGCGAUGAUUUGGCUAUUAAAGAGAAACUCGAGCGCCUGUGCAAAACUACUACUGUGAAAACCAGGUAUACAGUCAUGUCGAAAGAAAUUUUAGAAGAAUACCCUGAACUUGCUACAGAAGGCUCUCCAACAAUCAAACAAAGACUCGAAAUAGCAAAUCCUGCUGUAGUCGAGAUGGCAAAGGAAGCAAGCCUUGUUUGCCUAAAAGAAUGGGGAAGGCCUACUAAAGAUAUUACCCACAUCGUCUAUGUUUCCUCAAGCGAGAUACGGUUACCUGGCGGUGAUCUUUACCUUGCUAGUGAACUUGGCCUCAGAAAUGACGUGGGACGUGUAAUGCUAUACUUCUUAGGCUGCUAUGGAGGGGUCACGGGCCUUAGGGUCGCCAAGGAUAUUGCUGAAAACAAUCCAGGAAGUCGAGUUUUACUAACAACCUCGGAAACAACCAUUCUCGGUUUUAGGCCUCCAAGCAAAGAUCGCCCUUACGACCUAGUUGGGGCUGCCCUUUUCGGGGACGGUGCAGCAGCUGUCAUUAUUGGUACUGAUCCAAUACUUGGCAAAGAGAUGCCAUUUAUUGAACUAAAUUAUGCAAUUCAGCAAUUCUUACCUGGAACUCAUGAUGUAAUUGAUGGUCGCCUUUCUGAAGAGGGAAUAAAUUUCAAGCUAGGUAGGGACCUGCCUCAGAAGAUUGAAGACAACAUUGAAGAAUUCUGCAAAAAACUAAUGGCGAAAGCUGGUUUGAAGGAAUAUAAUGAUCUGUUUUGGGCAGUGCAUCCUGGAGGGCCGGCUAUCCUAAACCGAUUGGAAAGUAUCCUUAAUCUGAAAGACCGGAAACUGGAAUGCAGCAGAAAGGCACUGGUGGAUUUUGGGAAUGUUAGCAGCAAUACUAUAUUUUAUGUGAUGGAAUAUAUGAGGGAGGAGUUGAAGAAAGAAAAUGGAGAAGAAUGGGGACUGGCUUUAGCAUUUGGACCUGGCAUAACAUUUGAAGGCAUCCUCAUUCGAAGCCUGUAA